GCGAAGCUGUUGCCAGCCGCCCCCGGAGCCUCUGUCCGGGUCUGGAAAUGAGCUGGCUCGCACCAGGUCACGCCGUCUUGGAGAGCUAGAGCCAGACCCACAAUUUCAAACCAGGAAGCGCACAAUGCUAAGAGCACGGGCCUGGAUGCCAGAUUGCUGACCCUUGCCUCAGCUCUUCCGUUCCACUGGUUCGUUCGCCUAUUCACUGGGGUGCCAUCUGGAGGCGGACAUCGGCCAGGAGCAGACUAAGUCCUUGCCCUCGGCAGCUCCGAGUUCAGUGGUGGAAGGAGAGAGCAGUAAGACAAACACCAAACUCCUCAGUAGCCUUGCCACGAGGAUUAAAGCACACACACAAAAGCACUCGGCUCCAAGCCCGGCUCUCUGUAAAUGCUCUGUCCAUGGGGCGCGGGGGCCAGCAGACUGGAGAAUCUCAGACUGGAGCCUGGCUGGGGCUCCUGGGAAUGGUCAGGACGCUGCUCUCCGAGCCCAGGCAAGGCCAACUACACAGUGGUUGCUCUGUCAGCAGAUGACAGCCCUGUAGGGACCAAUGGCUGUGGCAGAGUGAGGUUCAAAGCCAGGAAACCACAGGAGAACCUGGCCCUGAGGCCGACUCCCUGGGAGGCCAGGACAAGGCACCACCGCUCGGGGCUCCUGGCUUACCUCCCUGCUACGGGGCCCCUGCAAACACCAACAAUGACCGGCACAGAUUUCCUGGGAAAUCUUUUGGGAACGAGAGUGACUGCCUCUCAGACCCAGCGUGAGGCUCCCAGGAGAGAGAGAGGAGCUGCUCCCCAACGGGGUCUCCAUUCCCACCAGGAAAAGAAAGAGGAAAGCAGACACCACCACGGUUUCACAGUGACCCACGGCUGGUCCCGCAGCCCUCCCUCAGGCAAGAGCCAGCGACCUUCUGGGCAGAGCUACUACCCCGUCGGCCCCCAGGAUGGGGCCCAGCCAGCAGGGUGGGGCAGCCCUCCCUGCCACCCGGGGGCUUCAGGCUGCCAGAAUGGUGCUUGCGGGGUGUCCCCCGACAACUCAAAGGGGGUUUUCGCCAUGCAGUCUCUUCUAAUGGAAAUACUCGUCUGUCCUCCCAUUUUACAAGGAUCAGAAACAAGGGCAGCAGCUAGGAAGGCAGGGCCUCUGCUUCAUAAGUUAUCAUUUCCAUAAGGAAAGAGGACACUUCUGCUGCGUCCACAGCUGCACCGCAGGGACCACAUCUGGCUCAGGAAGCACUGUUCCCAAGUGAAGACCUGAAUCGAUGAACAGACAGACUCUUAUGUUUGGGGGGAAAGGUAACACUGGGUUUGGGGGCACCUGGGUGGCUCAGUCGGUUGAGUGUCCUACUCUUGACUUCGGUCAUGAUCUCAGGG